CUUCGUCUCGGCGCAGUAGAUUCGAGUGUCCAGAGAAAUAGACGCCGUUUGUACCUGUUAUGUCGCGAGUCAUAGGAGCCCUUGCUUCGUGUUCGUUCGCUGUUAUACCUGGCUGCGAUCUCGUUCCGCGUCACUCCCCACUGCUUGCACGACCACCUCCGCUCUCAGGACGUACAUCAAGCUCUCCCGAUGGAAACUGAAAUGAACCCCGAGAACCUCAGAAAGACAAUCGGGCGCUUCCGAGUUCUGAUCUUGGGCAGAGCGAAUGCAGGUAAAACAACCAUUCUUCAGAAAGUCUGCAACACCACGGAACAGCCAGAGAUUUACAAUGCCAAAGGAGAGAAGAUCGAUGCCGCCGUCGUAGAAGGCUCGAGAUUGAUCACAAACGAAAUGGUGUUCAAAAGCAAUCCCGGUUUUGUCUUUCACGACUCGUGCGGUUUCGAAGCGGGCUCUGUAGAAGAAUUCGAGGAGAUGAAGAAAUUUAUCUCAGAACGUGCAAAUGCGACGAAAUUGGAGGAGCGACUGCAUGCUAUUUGGUAUUGUAUACCAAUGGACGACCAUUGGCGAACAUUCCAGCGGUCGGAGGAGGAAUUCUUCUCCGAGUGCAAUACUGGGAAUGGUGAGCUUGCAACUUCAGUGUUUCUCGUCGUGCUCGGACUAUAUAACAAUUCUUCAGUUCCCGUAAUUGCAGUAUUCACCAAAUUUGAAGCUCUCCGUCCGGUGGCAUUCGGAGAACUGAAGAAACAACUAGUCGGGCUAUCGAAAGAAGAGCGCUCAGAGAGGAUUGCCCAACGUGUCGAAGAACUGUUCAACGACACGUGUGUCUGGGAUCGGUUAUGCGACCCUAAAAACCGCACUCAUCCCAAGUGCUAUGUACGCUUACAAAAUAUGAAUGAACCAAACACAAACUGCAACAUCCUGGUGGAACGCACUACUUUUGCAUUGGAUGACGAAGAAUUGCGGUUGUGCCUAGCAUUGACACAACAGUCCAAUCUGGAACUUUGUAUCAAGUGUGCUGUUGGGGAUCUUGAAGCCUACCAGUGUGACCUUGCUAAGUGGUUUCCAUAUCUCACUCUAGUAAGAUGCUGGUUUUUGCACCUGAACUCAUGCUGAUGGUCCUGAUCACUUGCUGCUCCUGGCCUGUUGACAGCGGUGGGUGAGUGCCUUGAUGGUUUCUUGUCCUGAACCAAUCCUGAUGGUC